AUGCCGCCGGGAGGUUCUCCUCGCUCAAACGGCGGCAUUUUCUCCUUCCUCUUCAGAGCCAGCAGCGGAGCGCGUGGCUCCGGCUGCUCCUUGUGCGGGAGGCACUUUGCACUCUCGGGGGUCCAAACGCUAUCCCGAAGGGGGCGGCCGGAGAAGCAGAGGCCGCCGGUGGGAGUCCCUCGGGUGCCUACGGAAAACCCUGUGGGGGACCGGGGAGUGUGGUCGAGGCUUCACCGCGCACCUGCCGUUCCCCUGGUCGCCCAGCGGCGCCAUUACGUGGCUUCUCCCAGCACCAGCAGUAAUAGUAGUAGUAUUGGAGAACAGCGCCAUGGCGUCGCUGAAGCCCUCCUGGAUAUCUGUCAGAGGAGGCACUUCCUCCGAGGAGGAGGGGAAGAGGAGGCAGGGCAGUUCAGCUGGGACUCUUACCUGAAGGGGGACCACCCGGGCUUUGGGCCUCUGGGGGUGGACUUGAGGAAGAACCUCGCUGCUCAGUGGUGGGAGUCCGUGGUGGUGUUCAGGGAGCAAGUGGUGGGAGUGGAAGCCCUGGUCCAUCAUUCUUCAAAUGCAGGGAGAAGGUCAUCAGCGGAGGCCCUUCAUAUGGUGCAGCCCCGAGCCCUUUGCAAAGCCUUGGAGAAUGGCGAGUUAACUGGUGAGCAGGUGUCCGCCAACCUGCAGAAGAUGUUGGGGAUGGCUGGGGUGCUGCGGAACAGUCUUCUGCAUGGUGCCUUAGAGCAUUAUGUUGAGUGCCUGGAACUUGUAAACAAGAGACUACCUUUUGGGAUCGCUCAAAUAGGAGUAUGUUUCCACCCAGUAACAAAAAAUGAAAAAGAGAAUGAUAUCAGAACAGGUGAAAGGACAAUGGCUUCUCUAGUGUGGUACAGCUCUGCCAGAACUGCUGGACAGUGGCUUGACUAUUGGUUACGUCAGCGGCUCCAGUGGUGGAGAAAGUUUGCAAUAAGCCCAUCCAACUUCAGCAGUAGCGAUUAUUAUGAUGAAGAAGGGAGAAGAGGAAGCAAACUGUUUUACACUUUUCCUUGGGGAAAGGAAAUAAUAGAGACUCUGCAGAAUCUAGGAGAUAACGAACUGUUACAACUGUAUGCAAGAAGAGGAUCAAUAUUACAUGGUCGAGAUGGGAGGAAAAAUGUUGUUCCUCAUACCCUGUCUGUGAGUGGCAAUCUGGACAAUGGAGUGUUAGCGUAUCUCUGUGAUGGUAUGCAGUUGGCUGAAAAUGCCUUAACAAGGAAGAAAGCUCUGCAGAGAAAGGUACUUAAGCUUCACCCUUGUUUGACACCAGUCAAAGUAUCUUUGGAUGUGGGGAGAGGCCCAACAAUAGAAUUGAGACAGGUGUGUCAGGAAUUGUUCAAAGAGUUGUUAGAAAAUGGGAUUUCUGUUUGGCCUGGAUAUCUUGAAACCAUGCAGUCAUCAUUGGAGCAACUGUAUACAAAGUAUGAUGAAAUGAGUGUCCUUUUCACAAUCUUGGUCAGUGAUGCCACAUUAGAGAAUGGCGUGGUCCAGUUGAGAAGCAGAGACACCAGCAUGAAAGAAAUGAUGCAUAUAUCUAGAUUAAAGGACUUUUUAACCAAGUAUAUUUCAGCAGCUAAAAAUGUCUGAGCUACAAUAAAGACAAUUUUCUAUCA